GGAAUUCGGAGGGUGCAAGUGCUGCCAGGGUCACUGCAAUCUCGGGCACAGGGCUUUCAGGAGAAAGAAAAAAUUACCACCAAUAAUUUGUUACACAAAGUUGUUGCUGGAUUUAUGUUUCCAUAACAUCGCGGAGUGGGUUCCUGCACUGCUGAAAGGAUCCCGGAAAUCUUCAGGGGCAUGCAGAGUUUUCCUUUCGAUCUUUCGAUUCUGGACUAAAAAAGACACAAACCUGUGGCUUCUCUCUGACAAGUUAAAGAGUUUAUAAUAUUUUUCAGAAAUGUCCUUUGCUGAGCUUCUGGACAGAACUGGUGGUAUGGGGAGGUUUCAAAUAACGCAGGUUGCCCUUAUGUGCUUUCCCAUUCUGCUGAUGGCCAGCCAUAACCUUCUACAGAACUUCAGUGCCGCUAUUCCAGACCACAAAUGCAAAGCUAAUGACACUUGGUACCAAAGCAACAAUACUGACAGAAUGGGAUACGUGAGAUUGUCAGCUCCACUGGAUGCCAAUGGACAACCUGAUAGAUGCCUGGAGUAUGUUGAAGUUCAAUGGAUGAUAGCUGGAACUAACAGAACUUGGGCCAAUAGCUCACAAUUAGCAACAAGACCCUGCACAGAAGGCUGGGAAUAUAGUAAAGAUGAAUUCAAUUCAACCAUUAUUACUGAGUGGGAUUUGGUGUGCGGACACAAAAACAGAAGACAGUUGGCUCAGUCCGUUUAUAUGGGAGGAGUGCUGGUGGGCGCCAUUAUCCUCGGAGGUCUCUCAGACAGGUAUGGCAGAAGGGCGCUGCUUAUUUGGUCUUACUUUCAAAUGGCUGUUAGUGGACUAUGCAGUGCGUUCUCUCCAAAUUACCUCUCCUACUGCAUUUUUCGCUUCCUCACCGGAAUGGCGCUGUCUGGAAUUGGCCUGAACACUACUGCAUUAAUUGUGGAAUGGGUUCCAACCAGGGUUCGUACAAUUACUGGGACCCUUGCAGGAUUUUCUUACACAGUUGGGCAACUUCUUUUGGCUGGGCUGGCAUAUGCUAUGCGAGACUGGCGUUGGCUUCAGCUUUGUGUUUCUUUACCGUUUUUUAUCUUUUUUAUGUACUCUUGGUGGUUUCCCGAAUCUGCUCGCUGGCUUGUUCUGUCUGGAAAAACGGAAAGAGCUGUUAAAGAGAUGAAGAAAGUAGCCAAGCUAAACGGGAAGGAAGAAGAAGGGGAAAAGAUCACACUGGAGUCAAUGAGAUCCGACAUGAUAAAAGAAUUAGCGUGUGCGAAAUCCAGCUACACCGUCAUCGAUUUGAUUCGAACCAGCACCAUACGGAGAAUUUCUUGUGCACUGAGCCUUGUGUGGUUCUCCACCAGUUUUGCCUAUUAUGGACUCGCCAUGGACUUGCAAAACUUUAAUGUCAGUAUCUACUUAAUCCAAGUCAUCUUUGGAGCUGUUGACUUCCCAGCCAAAAUUUUUUCUACAACAGCCAUGAUUUAUGUUGGACGGAAAUUCACACAGUUAAUGUCACUUAUUCUUGGAGGGGUUGUUAUCUUAGCCAACAGCUUUGUUCCUCAUGAGAUGCAGACUGUGAGAACCGGCAUGGCAGUGUUUGGAAAGGGCUGUCUCGCUGCUUCGUUCAGCUGUGUCUUUCUCUACACAACAGAGCUUUACCCAACAGUUAUAAGACAAAGCGGCCUGGGCUUGUGCAGUACUAUGGCACGUAUUGGCGGCAUUGUGGCUCCUCUCGUGAAAAUUCUGGGUGAAUAUUAUCCUUUUCUGCCGCUGGUGAUAUACGGAGGUGCCCCCAUCAUAUCUGGACUCUGUGUUUUCUUCUUGCCGGAGACAGUUAAUAAACCCCUGCCAGACACCAUAGAAGAAGUAGAGAAACGUAUAAAGGCACCGAAAAAAGAGAAUGAGAUGAACGAAAUUGUAUCUCUAAAGAAGAAGGAAGGAAUGAAGGAGAAUCCAGUGAAUGACGUGUUGUGACCCCGUGCAGGACAGUCUCCCCGAAGCCAACGCUGAACGCACUUCUUUGCUCUAGUUCCUAAUUUGCAAAUGAAGUUGGGAAUUUGGAAGGAACUGCAAGAAAUUUGACGCAAGGAAAUGGCCACAGUUGGAGACAUACUUGGUGCAUGAUUAGUGAAGGAUAUUAUUUAAAGGAGAAUUAAAGGCUAAAAUUCAGUAAGCUUUAUCAGAAAGGUCUAUAUAAAUACACCCGUAAACCCUCAAAGUAAACACAAUUUCUUUCCUUCUAUUGUGUACUCAUGGGCUUCUGUAUCAGACUUCCUGUUUUCAGCUUAAACCUCCAGGGCUAGGGCUUGAGCAUGCUCAGUUUGCUCCUCUCUCCCUCUCCCCCUAGCUCCUCCCCUCUCUGCUGUUAUCUGAGCCCAGAGCUAUGAGAAAGCAGGGAGAGACUCAGGCAGGAAGUGAUGUCACACCAAACUAAUAUGGCAGCCGCUAUCCUAAACAAACAGAAAGUUUCUAGAGCGGUUUACUCAGGUAUGAUAAAGCAUUCUGCAGAAUAAAUAUAGUCUUAUAACUUGCA